CGUGAUAUGGAUGACGUACGGUGACGUCACACUCAGAGCCGGGGGGAAGGUGGACGGACAGAAUGGCGACCCAGUGCCGGAGCUCCAAAUGCACGGUCGAAAGAAAAGGAUUCCGGCGGGAACUCGACUCGUGGCGACACAAACUCAUCCACUGUGUCGGGUUUGAAAGUAUUCUGGAGGGAAUAUAUGGACCAAGGCUGCUGCAAGACCUCAAUAUAUUUGAUGAGUGUGAACCAGAGGCUGUGGAUGAUUGGUCCAUGGAUGCAAACUGCUCCUUUUGCAAGCUGCAGCUAGAGAAACUGAAUGACCAUCCUGCUGUGGCCGUGCCCGGGUCGCCACCCACUGCUGAAACCCCCCCACCUCAGGGCCUGUCCACCUCUGAAAAACUCCAGUGCCAAGCAGACCGAUUCCUCCAUUCUGUAUUUCGAAAGAAGGAAUUCCCUCAGAGCUGCGAUUCCAGUAUACCAUUGGCGGCGCAGGAGUUGAUGCGCAAGAUGAUUCAGCGGUUUGCCUUAGAGUAUGCGUGUAAAAGCCAGGCUCAUGAGGGCCUGAAUGGCCUGAGUGACAACAAUGAGCUUCUCCCUAAACAUCCAGAUACUGAUGGACCCCUGGACCUCACCGUCAGCCGAGAUUCUCAGGCCUUGCAAGAUGGAGUACUUGACCUCUCUAAGAAAAACACAUCUUCAGAAAAUGAAACCUCUCAACGUAAAGUUUCAGGUUCCUUAGGACCAAGUGUGGAAGACCAGUCCAGGCUGGGGAAGGAAGAUUAUCCUAAAGCUCCAGAGGUCUGGAGAGUCACUGUGUUGGAGAAGGUCCUGUCUUUGCUUUGUUCCCGUCAUAGACUGCUACUCUAUCACAUUUUAAAGGAUGUGCAGGAAGAUUACAACAUCUCUUUACCUAUGCGGGAUGCUCACAGUCGACAGUUUAAGGCCAGAUCCCUUUGCUGCCAUGCUGAUAAAAAAAUGCUUAAUGAAGCCCCAACACUUUCAUUAAGUGACUGCUCAGUAACUGCUGACAUUUGUUGCAGAACAGCUAGUAUGCUUCCAACAUGUGCAUUUUCUCCUCUAUCCAUCUGUAUAAGGAACAUUAAUGGCCAUUGCUGCCAAAAUACAUCCAUGGCAUGUGUUGGCCAAGUCAUCUGUUCUAACACCACUGUUUGUUGUACUCACUCAAAACUACCCUCAUGGCAGCACCGUGAUCAUACCUACAUUUCUCAUACAAGUGGUGCCCUAAUCACCCCUCAGGGUGAUUGUAAUUCUCAUAAUAGAUGCAAAGGAAGCCGGAGCCCCUCCCCUCCACCACUCUCACCAAAACCUGUGGACCUGGACUGUAAAAUAGCUGUCAAGUCCAGUGUCUUGCACAUUCAGGACUGCAAGGCCCUGAACAUGGCACCUCCUUCUCUCCUACCUCACAGAACUGAGGAUGAAGAUACAGCUUUGUACUCUAACACUCCUCUAUGUGUUGGAUCUCCUGAUGAAUGUUGCAAAGAGGUUGUAACAUUGCAUACACACGCAGAGAAAGAGAGUGACCACCAGUGUGGAUCCUUUAUAGGAGAUCUAAUGGAUAGAGUCACUGAAAAGCUCAAGAGUAUCCAACCCUCAGAUAAGGAACAAAAUCUUCUUACCCAUGCUAGUCAAAUCUCCGAGACAAGAGAUGACUCGCAUUUGACUGAGAUUAUAACAACUGUGCUACACAAUAGUAGUGACAAAGAUUACAACCUUAAUGAGCUUUUGCAACAGCAUGUGGCCACAGAACAGCAAUCCCCUCAGACACGUUCCCGUAAGAGAUUGGAAAAUUUAGUUGCCAUGAGCAAGUCACCUGACCUUCCAUCAUCAAGAAGACAAAGCCUACAAAUCAAAAGAGAUCUGGCCAGACUUAGUCCAUUAUAUUUUAAGAGGAAUAUAGGCUUUGAGAGGGAUCGCUGCUUAAAAACUGUUAAACCUUCGCAGAUCACAUGCAGAAAGUUGGACAGAGUUUACACAGAGCCUGUAAAAGAUACCAUAGAAAAUCUGACAACGCAUCCACAAAGUGAAAAGACACCAAAUAAUCAAGAGAUCCAAGAAGCUCAACCCCAACAUGUAUGUCUUGAGGAACCACUUGCUUCAGAUGAAACUGUGCAAUUACAAACAACCGAUAGUGACCAGAAGGUGAAAGCAAAAAUCCAUAAAGAGAACAAUCUGACUGUUCAAGUUGGAAGGUCCAGACGAAAUAUUGUACCACCACAGCGUUUCUCUUCCUAUGUCACUGAGCCUCGAAAGAUGUAUUUUGCAGCCUGUUUUUCAGAGAGUAUAUUCACCAAGCAUUCCCCUAAAGACAGUACCUCAACAGCACUUGGCUUCACAGAAGAAAUUGCCUGGCCAAGUGAUAAAUGUGACUAUCAGCCAUUUGAAACUGUGGAUAAACAAGAAGAUUGUGUUCUGCCGCAGAACAUAGCUUCACAGAAAUAUGCGAUUUUACCCAAAAAUGAGCCACUCUUAGAGCACAAGAAUAAUGUAAGGAAUCCUGAUAAAGAGAGUGCAAGAAAAAGGAAACCAUGCCAGAAUUCCACCUCACCAUCAAAAAGAUCUAAACGCCAUAGAACCAACAGUCUAAACACUGACUCACACAGUCCUACUGAAACUAUGUCUAACUUGACUACCACUGAGAGUGCACAACAGGCUAAAGCAAGCCCGUCUGGACUGAAAUAUGAUAGUCCGAUAAAGCUCAUGUUUGUCUCCUCUGUGGCGGGUAAAGAUGGUGUAAAAUAUACACUCAAAGCAGCUGCCUCUGGCUCAAAUUCACAUCGAGAGAUGUUUGAUCCAUGUGUGGAAUCCUCAUGGGCAGGCAGUGCCAUUGAUGAACAUUUCCAGGAUUCAGUCCUUGAAUCUGCACCGGGGAGAACUGUUGAGUGUGGUGGGAACAAGUGCACUUCACCAAAAGUGGUUUCACUUGAUGCAUUAUUGCCCAGUUGUUCAAACAACGAAGGUGAAAACCAAGAAACACUACCAACUGUACAUGAUACAAUUCCAGUAAAAAGGCGACCUGGGCGCCCCAAAAAAAUAGGACCACAUAUUGUUAAGUCUGUGAAACGUCCCAUUGGUAGACCUCCAAAAUCCAAACCAACAGACUUAAGUUCUUCAACAGGUAACGCAACCAAUUGCAAUGCAGUGAAUCAUAGAACAACAGAAAUGUCUUGUAAGGAUGAUGGAAACAAAAAUCUAAAAAUCACCAUAGUGUAUGGAAGAUCAAGAAGGGCAAGGAGAGUAGUUUCUGAAGAUUUGGGUAAUUUCCCAGCACAGCAACAUGUUUAUGAAGUAAGUAAUGGAGGCAUGUACAGUAAAUGUAAAUGUUCUGGAAAGACAAGUACUGAUCAAGUGACCAACGAUCAUCAUAAAGAUCUUCAUUUUGUUAUGCCUAUUGAAGACCGGAAAUGUGUCCAUUCUAGCAGCAACAUAAAAUGUCAAAGACUGAGUGAUACAGCUGUGUCAAGAAAACCAGGAAGACCUCCCAAAGUCAAAAUUUCUGGGAUCUCUGUAACCGUCACCACAGGAUCACCAAGACAAAGAAAGAUACAUAUGAAAAGGGACGCAAAAGAUUCACAUCUGCUCAGAAGGACUCUUCUCGUUGAAUUUCAUCCUUCCAAAGAGCAGAAGAAAAUCAGCAUUCCUACUGACAUUCACAAGGAUAGAGUGGAUCCACCGAAGGAAAAUAAUCGGAAUACCAGAGGGCAGCUCAUACCAGUGAGACAUUCUGUUAGAGAGCGGAAACCCUCCAUUCAUUUACUCCAUUCUGUCGCUACUGCCAGAUCCUGUGCAUUGGUUCGCAGGUCACGGAAACUACUGUUGAAUAAGGCUAGCUGUGAGGCCAGCCAGCAUACAAAGAACAGACAAGAGGAGCCCCCAGACAAUGCACUUUCCAUAAAGACCAAGAAUGUCAGUUGUGUCAGUCGUUUUUCUGCAGUAUCAGUGGACUCCAUUUUCUCAUCAAAUGAGGGUUUCAGGUGGUGGCCCACCUCAGCAUCACCUGAGACCUUAAAUGAAGAGUUCGCUAGGAGGAUCAGACUGAUAUCCAAUACUUGGGUAUCAGAUGUCCUUGAGGCCAAGUCAGGAGAGAUUAAAACUGACCCUAAACCAAAAACUUGUGAGAAGCUUAAUGGUUCUGCUAAGAAGUCUGCUUCUGCCAUUAAAAUGCUUUUUGAGAAAAACUAUAAUAUGGAUAAGCUCUGUACCUGGUUUAUGCAGUCGACAGAAACUCAGUCCCUUGCAAUUGUAAAGAAGGCCACUGCAAGAAAUCCCAAGGACGUCUUUCAUUACAACCUCAGCAGACCCAAUUGCAAAGUGAAUGUUUGCCCAAGUCCACAAGCAGAGCGGCUCAGGAAACAUGUCAAAAAAUUUGCUACAGUGGUCCCAAAGAGUCCGUCAAUGCACAAACAAGCACAGAAAUUGCUGUCCAAAUCAAUGAGGUCAAAAGCCAAGAGAAAGCUUUUUCACACGCCACUUAAACUGAGGCAUGACGUUAGGCAGCAAAUGUCUAGAUCUAGUGGCGCAUGGGUUGUCUACAGAACAGCUCUGCUUAGAGCAAGGCUAAAGUUUAAAACCAGGCCCAGGAUAACAUUAGAUGAUACGGCACAAAAAGUAUUUCGUGAGCAGAUGAGGACAAUGACUUCAGGUGCUAAGACUCUAGAAUUAUUGAAAGAAAUGCCUAACUUGGUAGACAAAACAUCAAGACCAGUCAUGAAAGUUCAGAAUGCAUUAAAGCUUCUAGUCAAAACUCCUCAGAAAAUGAUUGGGAUUGCCAAAAUUUCAAAGCAGAACAGAAUCUGCUCAAAAGCUUGGAGUCCAGAGUCUUUAAAGGAGUGCAGGGUGUUUCUGAAAAAGAUCAACUCCCCAAACACAAAGUCAACGACAGAGGAAUGUAACAUUUGCACAGUAAAGCUCUAUGAUGUCUCGGAACAAGAGGAGAAUGAAGAUGUUAUGGUGGGAGAGACACUCAACUCUCCAGUGCAGCUGCCCUCAUCCCCGAAAAGCCAGAGCAAGGGAGGAAGAAAAAGAGGCAAAAGGAAAAGUUGCAGCACAAGUCUAUCUCCCCCAACAAAAAUGCUCAGACAAUCAAGGAGCAGCAGGGGUGUUUUGGGAGCAAGGUGGUGUGACUUUGUGCUCGGGUCAUUGAAAUAACUUGGGUCCAGUUUUGUGCAAGACAUUUUCUUGAACUCUAACAUAAGGUGCCUUUCAACGGUGGUCUGGAUGAGUAUCACAAAGCAUUAUGACACACAACCUCGGCAAGCAUCAUGUAGCAAAGAAAAAAAAAAAACUUUAAGACACUUGUUGCACUAUUUAAUAUUAUUUUGUUUUUAUGUUUGUAAAAUUUUUCGUUUGAAUUUUACUUUUGGUGCAGACCUAGUGAAGUAAGUAAAUGUCUUCUAGUUGCAUGGAGUAUCAAAGGUUAAAUGGGCAGUAUGUUGGUUGGUUUGCUCAACCCAUGAUUUUGGAGUCUCAUUGCAGAGUUAAACUUUAAGGCUAACUUUUAUGUAAUUCUGGAGAAGAUCAGUUAAUUUCACAUUUGUAAUCUUUUGUAUUAUAACAGGGAUACUUCACAAUUUUAUUUGUUUUUUAACAAUGUAGAUAU